UUAUUCUUCUUUUUUCAUAAUCUCAAGAUGCCCGGAGAACAUAUGCAGUCUGCCAAAGUGGUUUUAAUUCUUUGUUCUUGUUUCUUUGCCUACGGUACUACCUGGUCAGACUGGGCCUUUGACUAUUACUUUCUUUGGGCCAACUUGGCUGAACACCCUAACGCCGUUGCUAGAGCUACACAAUACUAUACUAGUCAAUUAGAUGCACCUGAUAUCAUUAAAUACAUUCCAUUCAUCAACUUGUUGAUCGCUGCUGUUGGAUUUGCUGCUGGUUUAGCUAAUAUGACCGAUGGAAAUAUUUUAUUUGAUGGUGCUUCUUUAGUGUUGAUGCUUUUUGCGCUCUCUACUUAUUCUACUUCUGUAAAACCAGGAAUCUUAAAUAUUUCUCAAACGAAUGAUGUUGAAGAACUAAGCAAGAAUUUAAGAAACAUUGCUGCUGCUCACUUUAUUAUGACUUUGGCUAUCACUGGUAUUGUUGGUUUGCAAAUUACUCAUUAUGUCUUGACCAAGCGAGCUGAUAAUGCUGAAAGAGCUGAAGCUGCUGCUGCUAAAAAGAACAAAUAAGUGUAUAUAAAUGUAAUGAUCGGUACAAUAAAACUAUAAUUCUUAAUACAAAAAA